UUUACUGAACCAGGAAUCCAGCAAAGCCAGAAAGAACCAAGAAGAAUACACAAUGUCUCGAUCUUUUUAUGUUGAUUCCUUGAUCAUCAAAGACUCUUCAGUAAGACCAUCUCCCGUCUUGAACGACCACGGCCAAGACUUUCUAAUUCCUAUUAGCGUUCAUUCACCAACAAUGAUGUCCGUUUCUGGUCCCGUCUGUCCGUCCAGAAAGACGGGUACUUUCUGCGUCUGCCCCCUCUGUGUCACGUCCCAUAUUCACUCAUCUCGAAGUGGGAUCCCACUGCUGAAAAGCCAGUUCCCAAAUGGAGAUCCACAAUACUGUCAACGAAUUAACCAGCAGUCAAACCCUGGGCUCGGGCAUCCACCUGUUUGCACACCUACUUACAGCGUAACAGACCCUAGAAGAUAUCACUGUCUUUCCGUGGGUCCUGAAAGCAACAGUCACUUACAAAACGGCAAGCGGAUGAGAACAGCCUUUACGAGCACACAACUCUUAGAGCUCGAGAGGGAGUUCGCCUCAAACAUGUAUCUGUCGAGGCUUCGCAGGAUUGAAAUUGCUACUUACCUGAACCUAUCCGAGAAGCAGGUGAAGAUCUGGUUCCAGAACCGGCGCGUCAAGCACAAAAAAGAGGGCAAAGGGACCCCGCGGAACGCGCACAGCAUUUGUAAAUGUAGCAGCCAAGGUCACUGUCUGCGCUCCGAGGACGAGGAAUCCCUCUCACCGAUAUCAUCUGGCAAAGAAGACAAAGAUAUGUCACCCGCAUAGUCAUCAGGAACAGAACUGCAACGUUUUAGAGUUUACAGCCAUUUGCAGUUCUACAUCCCUUCGACGUACCUAUCUCCUCAUUCGUUUAGCAUUUAAAAGAAAUCCGAAGUCGAGUUGUAUUUGCCUGCUCGCCCUGCUAGCAUGAAUAGAUCCAUUGUAGAAUUGUACUAGGAUGGAACACGCAACCGUCCUAUGAGCACUGUUUUCAUAAGUGCAAGUACUUUAGUUGAAGUGCUGCCGUUUGAGGCUAACAUGAUUUGUCUGAAUCAUUCAGGGUUUCUUUUCUCCAAAUGGUGAAGUAAUAUUCAUGCACUGGCUUUUUUGAAAAUCCAA